GUUUCCUAUUACCAUAGGAACAAGAGUAAACACGGAAGUUAAUACAGUAGGCUAUGGAUGUUUUAAACUGGUGGAAAUAGCCAACACCUAUCUGCAAACAGUUAAUUCUCCUGCAAGAAUCCCGCAACAAGAUGCCCAAGUUUGAGGAGCUGGAAGCCCAUUCAUCCUGCCAUGUCCACUCCCUCUCCACUCCUAUAACUCCUGUCCCCAGCAACCUGAUUGCCAAAAGAUACAGCAUCCUACAGAGAUUGGGCAGAGGGAGUUUUGGCACUGUUUACCUCGUACAAGACACUAGAGCAAGGGAUGGGGAGAAACUUAAGGUGCUGAAGGAGAUCCCUCUGGGUGACCUGCGUCCUAACGAGACGGUCCAUGCAUCCCAGGAGGCUCAGCUCCUGUCCCAACUCCACCACCCAGCCAUCAUCACUUUCUACAGCAGCUUUCUGCAUAGAGACUCCUUCUGCAUCAUCACUGAGUACUGUGAGGACAGGGACUUGGACUGUCAUCUGGAGGAAGUGAGAGAAGCAGGGCAGAGCUUGCCUGAGACCCAGGUCACUGAUUGGCUGAUCCAGCUGCUGCUUGGACUCCACUACAUGCAUAACAGGCGCAUCCUCCACAGAGAUCUGAAGGCCAAAAAUAUCUUCCUGAAAAGGAACAUAGUUAAAAUCGGUGAUUUUGGGGUGUCCUGUCUGCUGAUGGGGUCAUGUGACCUGGCCACCACCUUCACGGGCACGCCUUACUACAUGAGCCCUGAAGUACUGAACCACCACGGUUACGACUCCAAGUCUGAUAUCUGGGCCCUAGGCUGUAUCCUGUAUGAGAUGUGUUGCCUCUCACACGCCUUUGAAGGACACAACUUCUUGUCAGUUGUGAUGAAGAUAGUGGAGGGAGAAACCCCCAGACUGACAGCCAGUUACUCUCUGGAGCUCAACACACUCAUGCAAAGGAUGCUGGAGAAAACCCCGUCAUCCAGGCUCUCUGCUGCAGAAGCUCUGAAGACAAAAUUCAUUGAGGACAGUAUGCAGAUCUUAAAACACAAGUUCUGUAGUCUGACGCUGAGAGACAAGACAUCGGCGGGAGAAAGAGACGCAGCACAGAUAUUGAAAGCGGUGCAGAGAAAGGUGCACCUUCAGACACUGAGGGAGAAGUCAGAGCUAGACAGAAUGACCCCCAGGGAGAGAAUGAGGCUGAGGAAGUUGCAGGCUGCCGACGACAAGGCCAGGAGGCUUAGGAGACUUGCUGAGGAGAAAUACCAGGAAAACCACUUCCGAAUGCAGGAGCUGAGGAGCCUCCAUUUCGAGAAAGUCAGUUUGGACGUCUUGAAUGAGAGUGCAGGAGAUGCAGUCCACCAGACUGCACCAAUCCCAUCUGAGAACUACCGGUCGCUGGGUUGUUCACAGCCAAUGGGAAGGCAGCAGCAGGACAAGAUGCGAAUGUCUGAGCCAGUGGGACGUGAGAUCCCAGAGGACCCUCAGACUGCAGAGGUGUAUUAUUACAUGGAUGGAUUUGAGUCCUGCACUGAUGAAGAGGAGGAGGAAAGAGAGGAAGGGGACACCCUGACCUCAGAAACCCUCUGUCAUACCUAUGGACAGGACAGCGACCUGGAGGCCAUGAUGAGACACAUGGAGCAGGUUCUGGAAGGAGAGCUCAGCGUGGCUGAAGCAGUGCCAGAAGAGGGUCAGUGUGUCCCCAUGGGGCCUCCAGUCAUCAACAGCACCAUGGCCGAGACAAGGAUUCAGCGCAUGACUGAGUCAGUGUCCCGUCGGCUGGGUCUAACUGUCUUCCAGAGGGUGUAUAACUACCUGAAGGGAGCCAGGGAGCGGCAGGAGGAUGAGGGGAGCAUCAGACAGGCCCUCAGCAGCCUGGUGGAGAGGCCCAGUGAUGGCUUUGAAGUGGACCAACUACUGUACUACGAGGAGCAGCUCCAGGGAGCCAGAGAGGGAGCCAGAGAGGUAGCCAGAGAGGUAGCCAGAGAGGGAGCCAGAGAGGGAGCCAGAGAGGGAGCCAGAGAGGGAGCCAGAGAGGGAGCCAGAGAGGUAAGCAGAGAGGGAGCCAGAGAGGGAGCCAGAGAGGGAGCCAGAGAGGGAGCCCGGUGAAAAACAUGUCUGACACUCACCAACCUGCGAUCACGUUGCCUAUCCAAGCAUUUCAGAAAGAGCACAUCUUGUUGCUCUCCAGGACCAGGGUUGGUGACCUAGUUGGUCAACAGAGAUGACAGACAUUUACUUCAUGAUAGACCAGGGUUGGUGACCUAGUAGAUCAACAGAGAUGACAGACAUUUACUUCAUGAUAGACCAGGGUUGGUGACCUAGUUGGUCAACAGAGAUGACGGACAUUUACUUCAUGAUAGACCAGGGUUGGUGACCUAGUAGAUCAACAGAGAUGACAGACAUUUACUUCAUGAUAGACCAGGGUUGGUGACCUAGUUGGUCAACAGAGAUGACGGACAUUUACUUCAUGAUAGACCAGGGUUGGUGACCUAGUAGAUCAACAGAGAUGACAGACAUUUACUUCAUGAUAGACCAGGGUUGGUGACCUAGUAGAUCAACAGAGAUGACGGACAUUUACUUCAUGAUAGACCAGGGUUGGUGACCUAGUAGAUCAACAGAGAUGACAGACAUUUACUUCAUGAUAGACCAGGGUUGGUGACCUAGUAGAUCAACAGAGAUGACGGACAUUUACUUCAUGAUAGUUAUUUUUCUUUUUGUUCUUCCUGUCAUUUCCAUCUAGAAGAACAAGCAAUUAAAUUAAAUCAAUAUUGAAUAUUAGUGCAUAGAUUUUGGGCUAGAUUCUAUCAGAUCAACAUGGUGGUUGUUUUGGCGGUGUUAGAGGGGGAACUGCGUUAGAGCUGUAAAAAAUCCACAAAUGGCUCAUUUAGUUAGCUUGACAUGACAAUUGAAUGCAACAAAACCACCCGACUUUAUAAUCCGACAAAUCCCAUGCAGCAACGUUAGAAGUUCAUGCAGCCGCGUUCAAACAUUCAAAUGUGUGAUGUUCAGUUGUGUACACCUCGAUUGGACAGAUAGGCUAUUAUAUACCCCCAUCCAAAUUAACAUGAAAAGUAUCAGGUAUGAAGGUAAGACCCAGGCAAAAGACAGGUCAAGGCAGGCAGGGGUCAGUAAACCAGAGGUGGGGCAGCGGUACCGGACGGCAGGCAGGCUCAGGGUCAGGGUAGGCAGUCAAUAAUCCAGAGUUGGGGCCAAUGUACAGGUCGGCAGGCAGGCUCAGGGUCAGGGGCAGGUAGAGUGGUCAGGCAGGUGGGCUCAGAGUCAGGACAG